AAAAAAAAAGCUGCGGCUGCUGACGCCGCCGGGCCCGAGUGUGUGUGAGUGAGUGUGUGUUGGUGCAUUUGUCUUGGGUGGCCGGAGCAGCGUUGGGGAAAUUCCGCUUAUUCUUCUUCUUCUGCAACUUGUUAUUCCGAGGAGUCCGCCUGCACCCCUCACCCCGGGGCGGCCCUCCCGCCGUCGCCGCCGGCCCGCCGCCCCGGGACCCCGCGCGGGCCGGGGACUCACAGGCCCCUCCGAGAGGGGCCGCGGCCGCCCCUCCCCCCCGGGCCGCGGGGGGAGGGGCGCGCGGAGUGGGACUCUUUCCGUUUGGUCCAGCCCCGCGGUGCACGCAGUUCCCAACACUUCUCGUCAUCCUCUCUCUGCUCUCUUUAUUCUGCUGAGCGGUGCUGUUAGGAUUUCUUUCUCUCUCUCUUUUUUUCCCUACCUCCUCCUCCUCCUCCUCCUCCUCCCUUGACCACGCUCGCUCGCAAUGGUGGGUAGCUGCAAGGUGGCCCUGGCAGGGGAGGGGUUUGAUGUGGACAUGGGGGCACCGGGCGAGAAAGGUCUCCUUUCAACUUUGUCUUGUGGCUUGCACCCCGGGAGGAGGCCACAUGCCGAUUGUGGGGUGUAGAUGUGCUGGGAGUGAUUUCUAAGUAGUUGAGUUGUUGAGAUGAGGGUACGACGGCUAAUGGUAGACAGGUUUUGUUUUCGUGGGUGAAUCCGGUGUCAUCAUAUUCCGGUCAUAUGUUGAAAUAUUCUUUGUUUAGGUCUUGAAGUAGAGGAUCUCCCUCUGCACGUCCACAUUGUGUUGUUUUUAAAUGAUGUCUUCGGGAGUAUGGAUUUCUAGAAUCUCAAAUGUGAUUUUAAGGUCUCGGCAUGUGUGGGCCUCAGCACUGGCCUUGACAGUGAACUUUGUGGCUGGUUUUUUUUUUUUUUUUACUUCUAAGAUUUUACUCCAUAGCUGGGAUGCUAGUUAUACUUAAUGGUAGGUAUCAGGAAUGUAGAGUCUUGAGCUGAGGAAGUUAGAGAGGGAAGGGCAUUUAUUUAUUAAUAAUUGAUAGCUGAAUGUUAGAAUCAGAUUCAUUUGGGCUGGCUGAAGGUUUUUUUUCUUCUUUUUUUCCUUUAAGGCAGUUGUGCAUUCUAGGAAGGAAGCCCUUUGGCAGACGCUCUUUAUGGUGGCUCUUUGGGGGCGCGCGCGCGCGCGGGGCGCGGGGGGGGGGGGGUCACCUUUUAGAGAGAUCUUUAGCAUCAUCUGUAGCUUUUAUUGAGGGCCUGUUCAGGGGGCUCAGAUUGAGGCUAAGAAGUGUAAGGCUACUUUUGGGAAAAGUCUUUUAUGUUAUUUGUUUACAUUUCAUGUUUCCUCACAGUUGGGCAGUAGAAAUAAGUAGGUCAGCUCUCUUAUUGGUUUUUGAAGGUUAGCCCCCUCCCCCCUUUUCAAAGUUUUACCAUCUACUUGGUUUACAGCCUUGUAGGAAAGCAUGCCCGAAAAUUUCCUGGGAAUACUGUUACUCAUUUUAAUUUCGGGGAUUAGAGAGCUGAAGGAGAGCCAGUUUCCCCAAAAUUGGUUUCUUUACUGCAGGACUUCUCAGAACCUUUAAUAUGCUAAUGUGCAUUGUGAAUCUCCAAGAUGGGGAUAUGAUAUGCAGCAUUCUUGAAUACUUCUAAUGACAGGGAGCCCACUACCUCAUAAGCUGCAGCAACAAGAGGAGCUUGUUAUUUUAAAGGGAGGUGAAGACACUGUAGAAUCAGCAGGCAGAAGAAAGGGGAGAAGGCAGAGGAUGGAGUUGCAGACCCUACAGGAGGCUCUGAAAGUGGAAAUUCAGGUUCACCAGAAACUGGUUGCUCAAAUGAAGCAGGAUCCACAGAUAUUUUUUCUUUCCAAUCAGAAUGCUGACUUAAAGAAACAGCUUCAUGAACUCCAAGCCAAAAUCACAGCUUUGAGUGAGAAACAGAAAAGAGUAGUUGAACAGCUGCGGAAGAACCUAAUAGUCAAGCAAGAGCAGCCGGACAAGUUCCAGAUACAGCCAUUGUCACAGUCUGAAAAUAAACUACAAACAGCACAGCCGCAGCCACUACAGCCACUGCAGCCACUGCAACAGCAGCAGCAACAGCAGCAGCAGCAGCAGCAGCAGCACGCCCAGCAGUCAGCAGCACCGCCCAGCCUGACUGCAUCACAGAAGACUGUAACUACAGCUUCUAUGAUUACCACAAAGACACUACCUCUCGUCUUGAAAGCAGCAACUGCGACCAUGCCUGCCUCUGUUGUGGGCCAGAGACCUACCAUUGCUAUGGUGACCGCCAUCAACAGUCAGAAAGCUGUGCUCAGCACUGAUGUGCAGAACACACCAGUCAACCUCCAGACGUCUAGUAAGGUCCCUGGGCCUGGGGCAGAGGCUGUCCAAAUUGUGGCAAAAAACACAGUCACUCUGCAGGUUCAAGCAACACCUCCUCAGCCCAUCAAAGUACCACAGUUUAUCCCUCCUCCUAGACUCACUCCACGUCCAAACUUCCUUCCACAGGUCCGCCCCAAGCCUGUGGCCCAGAAUAACAUUCCUAUUGCUCCAGCGCCUCCUCCCAUGCUUGCAGCUCCUCAGCUUAUCCAGAGGCCUGUCAUGCUGACCAAGUUUACACCCACAACCCUCCCCACAUCCCAGAAUUCCAUCCACCCCGUCCGUGUCGUCAAUGGGCAGACCGCAACCAUAGCCAAAACGUUCCCCAUGGCCCAGCUCACCAGCAUUGUGAUAGCUACUCCAGGGACCAGACUCGCUGGACCUCAGACUGUACAGCUUAGCAAACCAAGCCUUGAAAAACAGACAGUUAAAUCCCACACAGAAACAGAGGAGAAACAAGCAGAGAGCCGUACCAUCACUCCACCUGCUGCCCCAAAACCAAAACGAGAAGAGAACCCUCAGAAACUUGCCUUCAUGGUGUCUCUAGGGUUGGUAACACAUGACCAUCUAGAAGAAAUCCAAAGCAAGAGGCAGGAGCGGAAGAGAAGGACGACCGCGAACCCAGUGUACAGCGGGGCCGUCUUUGAGCCGGAGCGUAAGAAGAGCGCAGUCACCUACCUUAACAGCACAAUGCAUCCUGGGACGCGGAAGAGAGCCAAUGAGGAACACUGGCCAAAGGGUGAUAUCCACGAGGAUUUUUGCAGUGUUUGCAGAAAGAGUGGCCAGUUGCUGAUGUGUGACACCUGUUCGCGUGUGUAUCAUCUGGAUUGCUUAGACCCUCCUCUGAAAACAAUUCCCAAGGGCAUGUGGAUCUGCCCCAGAUGUCAGGACCAGAUGCUGAAGAAGGAAGAAGCAAUUCCAUGGCCUGGAACUUUAGCCAUUGUUCAUUCCUAUAUUGCCUACAAAGCAGCAAAAGAAGAGGAGAAGCAGAAGCUACUGAAGUGGAGUUCAGACUUGAAACAGGAGCGAGAGCAACUGGAGCAGAAGGUGAAGGAGCUCAGCAGUUCCAUAAGUAAAUGUAUGGAGAUGAAGAAUACCAUCUUGGCACGACAGAAGGAGAUGCGCAGCUCCCUGGACAAGGUGAAACAACUCAUCCGCCUCAUCCAUGGCAUCGACCUCUCUAAACCUGUAGACUCUGAGGCCACUGUGGGGGCCCUCUCCAAUGGCCCAGACUGCACCCCCCCUACCAACGCCGCCUCCACCCCUGCCCCCUCCCCCUCCUCGCAGAGCUGCACAGCGAACUGUAACCAGGGGGAAGAGACUAAAUAACAGAGCCCUCCCUCGAGGAGAUGCCACAGCCCAGUGGCGAGGAGACUCUAGAGAAGCAAAGCCGGAUUUCUUCUGGAAAGUACAGAAUUCUUUUGGUUCUUUGGUUCCAGAGAGAGAAAAGAUGCUUGUGCCAGUGGCACCGAGUUUGCCAAUUGAUUCUUCUUGUUCUGUGUGUACAUGCAAAGAUUGGACCAUGUUACAUGAAAUAGUGCCAGCUGGAGGUUCUUUGCCAGCACCAUGCCAAGUGAAAUAAUAUAUUUACUCUCUCUAUUAUACACCAGUGUGUGCCUGCAGCAGCCUCCACAGCCACGGUGGGUUUGUUUUUGUUCUGUUGGGUGGGGAGCAGGGACGGGCGGAGGGAGGAGAGCAGGUUUCAGAUCCUUACUGGGAGCCGUUUGUUUAGGUAGAAAAGACAAGUCCAAAGAGUGUGUGGGCUUUCCUGUUCCUAAACUUUCACUACCAUAAAACCAAAAAAAAAAAAGAAAAAAAAGAAAAAAAAAAAGGAAAUAGAGGUUUAACUAAUCCAGUGCCCAGAGGAGGGCCAGGAAGGCUGGGGGGGAGCCAGGGUGGGAAAGUAUAUGACAUAAGCAGUAUUUAAUGUUCCUGGAGGGGGCUAGUGCCGGGAGAGCCCAGGUCCCCUCCCCAGCUCCGCUCUCCCACGGCCUCCAGCAGCCCUGCCUUCCCUCUGCUUGGGUAGUGCACAGCCCCAGGUGGUCCCCAGGCUGGGAAGCAGGGAAGGGAAGGUAUGCGUGGUCCAGGAGGGAGAAAGGCGGAUCACAGGUUUUACUUGAAAACAAGCUCCAUCCUUUUUCUAUAUUUAUAAGAAGAGAAGGUUCUGAGCAGAGCAGCAUGACCCAGGUGUGGCACGAUCACGUGUGUGUGAAUGGAGACGACCCUUUUCUCUUCUUCAAGUUUAUUUUUUAUUUCUGUUCUUGUUUAAACAAAGUUUUAUUUCAUUGUUUAUUUUACCUUUUUUGUUUUUGUUUUUUUGUUUUGUUUUGUUUUGUUUUUUUGUAACAAGAACUAAACUAAGGAAUAGAAAAGCUGUUUUCAGGCUGACGGUCCUGUUAAGGGUAGUGAGACCUUGCAUGGUAGACUAGGCGUUAUAGUGUCAGUGAGGUCAGUGAGUCUUUGUGCGUCCUGUGUCAUCAUUUGGGCACUAUUGGUUUUUGUUUGUUUUGUUUUUUGGUGUUUUUUUGUUUUGUUUUGUUUUGUUUUUUUAAUGCAAGGGCAAAAAAAUCUUUGUACCUGGGGAAAACAACAGCAACUUUCUUUUUUUAAUUAAAAAGGAAAAUAAAAUAAAAGAUAUUGAGGUCUUCCUAGUGUUACUUAAAUUAAGAUCAAGGUAAGAAACAUUGUAAAAAAAAAAUUUACAAAAGUGCUAUUUGUUUCCUAAAAAACGGUGAUUUAUAUUAAAAAGGUGUCAGAACUGGAGAAAAUGCCGUGUAGUUAUAAUUUUUUAGCACAGAACCUGCUGAUCACGAUGACAUUUUGCUGUGUUUGUGCCUCUAGACUGGUGGGCCAAUGUUCAGAAUGGCAGGUCCUCCCACCUCCUCCCUCCUCAGACUGUGCUGUCUUUUUGGUACAGGGAUCGCAUCUCCUGUGUUUUAAGCCAAAAUGGAGUGUGCAUGGUGGGGUCUCCCCACGGUCUCAGACCUUGCUGGAGUGCAGGCUUGUGCCCACCUAAGACCUUCCUUUGGUGCUGUUCUCAGUCUCUCAGCCACCAGCGUUAUGUAUGCCUCGGGGGCACCUGGGGGGAGUGACCAGUGAGGCGCCUCACUGCCUGUACACUUGGCCUCUGGGGGUGGGGUGGGGUGCAGGCUGGCUGCAUCAGAACUAAGGAAGGAGAGUCCUUGAGGGUCCCUAUGUCUCUGAGAGCCCAGGUGACCUUCAAGUCCAUCUUGCACUGAAGAGAGAGGGCUGAAGCUCCAGCUGUCCUCUGCCUCCUGGCACCAGGGUCAGAAUUCACUCCCAUUCCACCCACCCACACGCUUCUUGGGUGUCCCUGGGCUAGAAUCCACUAUGCUUGCCUUGCUUGGCCUGUUGUGGCCUUUUCUUCUUGGAAAACUGGGGUUCUAAAAGGCUCUCUAGCCAUCUCCCCUACAGUACCAUGGGGAAAGUCACUAUGAGAUGCAUGCUCCCACUGGAAACCUUUGGCCAUUGCAUGGCCUUGAGUGGAGGGACAGAGACCUAGGCUCUGCCGUCAGGUCCACAUCAGCAUCUCUCUGGAGCCAUCCAGGCCCCCAGGUCUAGAAAUAGCAGGAAAGGCCCUUUUGCUUCUUCCUUGCCCAGUUAGGUCCAGGGAGAAAGAGCUGGAACCUGACAGUACCUACAGCAGGGAAGGGUGCUUCUGAGAGUGAGCAAGGCCCGUCCACACCAGCCGUCCAAUCCUCUCCCAAGCAUUUGAGAAGAGGGCAUGUAGUUUGGCCAUGCAGGCCUCUGACUUCAGGUUGACUGAGGGGGGCAGGAAAGAACCUUCUUUUCUUCUUCAGAGACCAAGGUGCUAAGUCUAGUUCGUGAGCUUUGGAGAAGCCUGGACUAGUCGGAGGAAUCUUUGGCAGAGGACCAGAGACCAGCAGCAGGCCGAUGCCCCGUCUUGGCUCCUCAACCUCCCAACCCCCUGUUGGACUUGUCUGGGCCCAUAGGCCAGGGCUUGGCACACAGUGCCUACCUGCCCCUGUGAUGGAAAGAGGUUGAGAAACCAAUCACUACAGGCCUUUGCCCCAGAAGAGCUGCUUGCUGGUGACCAUGCAGGAGCUGAGCAGCAUAGAGUCCCUUCUUCUGAUGUUUGGAAAUGAGCUGUUUGAGUCGACUGGAGCGGAGUAAAAAAAUGGAGCCCUGCUCCAGGCCUCCACUGUGGGCCCUGUUCCUCCAUCUACAUGCCCUUCACUCUGUCAGCACAGAGCUCCUUGUCCCCUUAGCCCUGUGAGUACCUGUGACCGCGUGGGACACACAAGCUGCUCCUCCUGAGCUGCCCCCACCCCUCCGUCUUCCCUCCCUCCCCCCCCCCCCCCCCCCCCCCCCCCCGCAGUCUAUUGCUCUUGCAGCCACAUGUGGGAGGCCCACUGACUCGGCAGUUGCUUUGGAGGGCCUUGGACUGGGAGUCCCCUGGGCCCCCAGACCAGGCUGUAAAGGCAGGGAGGCCAGCACCAUCCUCUCGUUUCUCACUUGAAGGGGCCUUUCUCUCUCUGAACCCACAGUCUUGCCUGCCUCUGCUGACUCCACCAGUUCUCAUCUCUUCCUUCCUUAUCUGCCUGCUGACGGCACCCUUCAGGGAGGACUCAGCUAGCGACAGUCCCUGGAUGGCACUACCUGUGUGGGGCCUGUCUCUGGAGCCAGUGACAGCCACCAGGCAGCCUCCAGCUGGCCCCCAUCUUGGUGAUUGAUAUCCUCUAGGGCUCCCUCUCCUGCUGCUGCUGCUGCUGCUGCUGCUGCUUCCUGUCUGAAGCCCAACAGGCAAUGCUCAGGGUCCAUGUGUACCCAGCACUGACCCAGGGUUUCCAGCUGUCUGUCUGCAUGUUCAGCUGCCUCUCCACCACCUCUUGAUGCUUCCUCUUGGGGCUUCUGGAGCCUUCUUGACUCACCACCACCACCACCACCCCGGCUCACACUUCAAGUGGUCUCUUCCCAUUAGGUCCUUCUUGGAUAUGGACCUUACCUAACUAAAGGGCUGAACUCUUGAGGACACUCCUCCCAGGGGCAGGAGUAGGAGGGACCGGUGGCCCUUUUCCGGACACUGGCUUCUCCAGAGCCCAUGGCUUCUGUUGAAUGCAGGCUACUUUGCUCUGUGUAAAUGACUGUGGACCUUGUCCCGCCCCUCAUCCGAGCACCCUUGGCAGAAAACGGGAGUCUCGUUUCUCAUCCUGCCUUCAGUCUAUGCUCCUGUCAGCUCCUCCCCAAGGAGAUGGGUGACCCACCGGGAAGAUUCCGCUGGUCCUCCCCCAGGAAUGAAGAGUCCUGAGAGCCAGGGUGGCACUCUUUAGCAGUUCCACAUGGCAGCCUUGGCCCCUGCACCCCUCUCCAGUGUCCUCGCUCUUAGCCCAGGGUGAGUGGCAGUCGGGUGGGUGGGCUGAGCAGACCAGAAGCUCAUAGGUAAGAGCCAGCCAGACCCAGUCCUGUCUGUGUCCAUGCCCUUUGUGAUUUCAGUCUUGGUAGAAUUUGUAUUUGGAGUUUUGUGCUUCAAACUUUCUGUUUUGUUUGUUUGGUUUUUGUUUGGAGGGGGUGGGGGGGUACAGAGCAGCCGAUCAAUUUGUAUUUAUUUAUUUUAACAUUUUACUAAAUAAAGCCAAAUAAAGCCUC